AUGGGGAGAAUCAACAUGAGUGAAAUGGAAAAGAUAUAAAAGAAUACAAAUAUAUUGGAGGGUUAAUUAACUUGUAAGGAACUUUUAGGAUUCUAUGAUUCUGAACCAAGCAAAUCUUCUAUGAUGAAAACCUUAGAUAAAUUUAAUAUUAAACAUUCUGAAAAAUCAAAGUUUUAAUCGGGCUAUGGCAAAGUGAUAGCAGAGAAAUUAUAGCAUUGCAUUAAAUUUGAUGUUGGAAGCAAUAUAGAUACCAGAUAGUUAUCUGAAAGGAUAAUUGAUUAUUGUAUUGAUAAUUAUUCUGGCCAUUUUUAUAUAUCUACAAAUACAAAUGUAAAAGGAUUUGCACUGGAUCCAAAAGGGUAAAUAAUUGGAGCAAUGACCAGCUAAGGAAUUAUUUUAGCUGAUUAUUUUGUUAUAGCAGGUGCUCAUAAGACUAAAUACUUAACAGAUAAAUUGGGAAUUAGAGUUCCAAUAAUGCCUAUUAAAGGAUGGGCAUUAGGAAUUAGAGUGCCUAAUGAUACAUUUUUUAAAGAAUACACCUUCUUUACUCCUUAAUAUUUUUCAACUUAUGUAAACAAUGAAAUCAGAUUGUCAUGUGGAGCUGAAAUUGGAUCAGAUUUUAGUAAGGAGAUACCUAGUGAAGAAUGGGGAGCUAAAAUGGGAUUGAAGCAUUUUAAUUAACAUUUUGGAUUCAAUAUCAAUAUGGAUGAUUGUUAUGUUAGACAUUGCUAUAGACCAAUAACUCCUGAUGAUAUUCCCAUCAUCAGCUAGGUGCCUGUCUUUAACAAUGUGUUUAUUUCAGCAGGACAUGGCUCAAAAGGAAUGACUUACUGUUUUGGAUCUGCUGAAAUUUUGUUUCAGAUUUUGAGUGGAAUUAAAGAAUAUCCAGAAUAUAAUAUCAAUAGAUUUUACUUAGUUUGA